AGGAAGCAAUCGCUCACAAUCGCAGCAGUCGUUGGUGUACUCGUGAUCUAGCGACAUUGAGAGACUAAACGAUAAGCGUGCUGCAUUGAAACGUCUCGUCAUCAUGGACACUUGGAUACUGUUGUCUCUCUUAGCUGGCGCCAUUGCUGUUUAUUAUUAUUUCUUUAAGAACUUAAGCUUUUUCGAGAAAUAUGGGAUCAUACAUGUAUCACCAGUGCCUGUUGUGGGUAAUAUGGCGCCCGUUUUUCUCCGCCAAAGUUCGUUGGCCGAGCUUAUUCAAAAAGUCUACAAUCUAAAUCAAGACGCCAAAUAUGUUGGUUUUUUUGACGGUAUGAAUCCGGUCGUGAUGAUUCGCGAUCCGGAUCUCAUCAAAACCAUCGCCGUUAAAAGCUUCGAUUUGUUUCCUGAUCAUCGUGGUUUCAUCGACGAAGUUAAUGACCCUUUGUUUGGCAAAAAUUUGUUCUCGCUUCGUGGAGACAGAUGGCGGGAUGUGAGGACUCUACUAAGCCCUGCUUUUACUUCCAGUAAAAUGAAAGCCAUGUUUAAAUUGAUGUCCGAGUGUGCUGACAAUUUUACUGACUUUCUUUCCAAGUUACCUGCGGACAAAAAUGUUAUGGAAAUGAAGAACAUCUUUACUAGAUACACGAAUGAUGUAAUUGCAACGUGCGCUUUUGGAAUCAGCGUUGAUUCUAUGAGAAAUCCUACCAACGAGUUCUACGUUUAUGGAAAGGACGCUACGACUUUUAGCACUCUACGCAACAUAAAAUUCUACUUCGUUAGAAGCAUGCCAGUCAUCACCAAAAUGUUAGGUUUAAAAUUUGUUGGCGAUCACGUACGUCGAUUUUUCAAGGAUCUCAUAAGCAAUACGAUACACACCAGGGACGCGAAAAAUAUCGUACGGCCAGACAUGUUGCAACUAAUGAUGGAAACUAGAGGAAAAAGAGGACCCGGAAAGGAACUGACAAUCGAGGAUAUGACCGCGCAAGCGUUCGUCUUUUUCUUUGGCGGUUUUGAUACUGUCUCUAACUUGAUGUGCUUCGCUGCUCACGAAAUCGCUGUGAAUCCCGACGUUCAGGCAAAAUUGCGCGACGAGAUAAACGAGGUUCUAAAGACGACCAACGGGGAAUUGACGUAUGACGCGCUGAAUGAAAUGCAGUAUCUGGACGCAGUGGUCAAUGAGACUCUCAGGUUGUGGCCCAUAGCUAUUUUUCUGGAUAGAGUAAGUGUGGAAGACUUUGAACUACCUCCAGCACUGCCCGGCGACAAGCCUCUCCUUUUAAAGAAAGGAUCGAGCAUUUGGUUCCCUGUUUUCGGUUUGCAUCGGGAUCCAAAGUAUUUUGAAAAACCAAACGAGUUUCAUCCCGAACGUUUUUUGGAUGAGAACAAGAAAGAUAUAAAUUCAGCUGUAUAUGUUCCAUUUGGACUCGGCCCAAGAAUGUGCAUAGGCAACAGAUUUGCGUUAUUGGAGACCAAGGUUAUGUUAUUUCAUUUGUUAACUCGUUGCGAUUUAAAAAUGUGCGCGAAAACUCCGCAUCCGCUGCGAUUGUGCAAGCAAAAUUUUGCUUUGAUGGCAGAAGGAGGAUUUUGGCUGAAGAUUCAACCCAGAGACAAUGCUAAUAAUACUAUUGUAUUUUCUAACGGUGUUAAUGGUAGUGCGACUAACGGCCAUAUUUAAAUUCACAAGAAUUGCGAAUGAAAUUUGCAUUUAUAAAUAUAAAUUCGACGCAAUAUCAUUUAACCGAGAGAAAUGACGCUCGGAUUGAUUUGGAUAUGCACGCACAAAUAUUGUACAAAUAGUGUUUUGCUUUAAAUAAGAUUCUCGUUAAAAUAAUCGAAUCAACUGCAAUAAGCAAUAAUGCAAACAUAUGUGUAUAAUAAUGUAAACAUUUGCUCAGAAUUUUAUUGCUCCACUUUAUCAUUAACAUUUCAUGGAUAUUGAAUAUACUGUUAAUUCCUAAUCUGAUCACUUAUAUUGUUUAGUACUUCAAUGAAUAAUUUGAUAUAAUGAAAAAUUUUUUGAUGAAUUAAUUUUAAGUGUAUUUUCUGUAUAUUAAAGCAAAAUUAAAAUUAUUUUAAAUACAUGUGAGCUGUUGCGAUGGAAAUUGCAUAGAAAAUGAAAGAUUCUUUUUCAUAUAAUAAUAAAUUACAAUAAAAUGGAAGAAUAUUACAACAAGGUUAUGAUACGUAGAAAAAAAUUGUAUAAAGAUAUUAAUAAUAAAUGUUAAAUAUAUAAAUAUAAUAAUCCAA